GGGGAGAAUAACAUCACGUUAAAUGAGUCGCGCGUGCCUUUUGUGUGCCGUGCGUUAAAGCCGUGGUGAAUGUGAUGCCGGGUCUGCAAGCAGCACAGAUGACUUGAGCCUCGUUCUGCAAAGAGAAGACUCACCGAUAACCAUGGCUGACCAGUACAGUAUGUUUCUAACGACGGCACCCCCGCUUCGACGAGGGAGCACACCCCUGCCUGUCAAGCACCAGCUGCGGAGGGAAGAGGCCGUAUCCGAGGACUGUGAUUGGAUCCCGGGCUUGGAGGAGCCUACCACGUUGCCUAUCAGUGACACAGCGGUGCCUCGGGAUGAGUCCUUCAGCCAAUCGGCUGCUGCUCAGUCAUCUUACCACAGCCAUGGCGGGGCACUGAGGAUAGUGCUACUGGGACAGAAUGGCGUGGGCAAGUCGUCGCUGGCCUUAUCUCUGGCCGGGCAGUCAGACAGAUCCCUCUCUAUAGACUCUGAGACACAAGCAUGUGGUGAGGGCUACGAGUAUACGGUGACAGUGGACGACGAGGACAGCAAAGUCAUCAUUUUUGACAACUGGAAACAGGACCUCUCCACACUGCAGUGCGAUGUGUGUAUCCUGGUCUUCUCAGUGACAGACAGGCGAAGUUUUCACCGCACCGCCCAGCUCCGCCUCCUUCUCAGGGAGUCCCAGCCACAAACCCCAAUCAUCCUUGUGGGCAACAAGAGUGACCUAGUGCGGUCCCGUGAAAUCAGCUCCGAGGAGGCCCAGUCCAGCGCCAUGAUGUUUGACUGCCUCUACUUGGAGCUCUCGGCCUCCUUAGAACACGGCACCAAUGAGCUGCUGGAGGCGGCAGUGCGGACCGCGAGGGGAGACUGCGUCGGCCCCGGAUGGACGGACGGUGACCCCGGUGCUGGCCGCAGGGAGAGCCUGACGAGCCGGGCCAAGCGCUUCCUGGCCGGUCUCGUGCCCCGAUCGUACGGCCGAGACAGGGACCGCGAUCGAGGCCGCUACAGGGAGAUGAGCCGCCACAGGGGCAGCAAAAUCCUUCGGCAGAAGUCCCGCUCCUGUCAUGACCUCAGUGCACUGUGACACACACCCACACACAUAAAUGCAGGCAAAUAGACACACUCAACAUGAACACAGACAUACACCAAAUUGAAAGAAAUGGAGGUGAGGGUGGGGGGGGAGCUAAAAGAUUGAGGAGUAAAAGGAGAUCGAGCUGGAGGGACAUCAUGAAAAGGACUGGAGCAGGCUCACAGGAAUGGGAAAAUUAGAGAGGUGUAAGUAGAUAAAUUUAGCCGCGGCAGAGGAAGGUCAGGGGAGGAGAAAGUGGGAGCAAACAAUGAACAGAUAGCCCGAAACCCAUUUCGGGAGAGCGAAAAAUCAACGAUAAGGAGGGGAGCUCCAUUUGUCGCUCCGGCUUGGGUGAGUCAGUGAGCACUCGUUACCUGAUGAGAGCCGGCGAGGGAAGAUUAGCAAGAGAGUUGGAUCAAGCUGGCGAUUUGACGCUUAAUGUCGCGAAAUGAGAAGCAGACUGGGGUCACAAAUAAACACACACCCAAGUAGCACGCACUGAUAAUGUAGAGACUGAUAGCAAUCUAAUGUAUACCUGUUAUAGACCCUGUUUUAUAGCAUGCAGAGUAGACGAUUUAAGACAUGAUCCUGUAGGUUUUACAGUUACACGAUUCUGUACCUCAGUGGCCAAUAGCUAAUGCACAAUCUAGCUAGUGUCUCUAGCAACGCCAUCUCAAAGGCAAGACUAUUUAUAAAAGUGCUCCAUCUCCGCGCAUCUUUGGCCAGUUUCCACACUGCAUCCACUGUUCUGUCCCCAUAUUGAUUUAAAGUAGUGUUUGAUGAUACUGCCUGUGGCACAUGUUCAUUUGAGACUUUUAUACAAGGUUUAAAACGUCAGCACCCAAGCCAUAACUUUUGCUGAAUGCACCACGAGUGAUCAGCACAAAAAACCCUUUACUGGAGGAUGUGAAGCAAAGGAGAAAAGGUCAAGACGGCUAUAAGGACUAAGCCGUUGGCAGGGAUAACCAGACUGAGCUCUUCUUCAAUCGAAGCUGAGUCACAGAACACUGAGAUACUCUUGAAGCGCAGGAGGACAAAACAAGAAAACCUAAUCUACCUGUGGCUGUUUGAUGUAUUCCUUCUCUUCCCUUUUUUACCCACCGGCAUCAUUAUUAUUAUUAUGAUGAUGAUUCUUAUAAUCAUUAUUAUUAUUGUUAUUAUUAUUAUUAUUGUUAUGUGUGUUUCGACUGAAUUCUGUGGGGGCUGGCCACACAGGUGACCCAGAAAAGAACGUUCUGGAAACGUUGUUCUGAUAUCUCAUCAAGCGUGGCGGCGUCACUGACACUUCCUCACUUGUUUGUCAUCGUCUACUGAGCACUCUCGUCUUUACC